AUGUGCAAAACCCAUGCAAAUGGCCAAUGCAAGGCAGACAAGCUGCUCUACCUUAAGGUCAUCAAAAGCAAUAACAUUGAGGAUCUGGUAGAGUCCAUAUGCUGUUCCCCAAACCAGCAGUGCAUGUACAGGGAAUGUGCUGUUUGUGAGGAGAAAACCCUGGAUGUCUCCACUUUUGACCCUGGUACCGACACGUCCUGGUUUGGGUGGAAGGGGAAAGCAGAGGAGAGAACGAAGAAGAAGAAAGAUGGGACUGAAGAGAAAUUCACUGUGCAUUUAACUGUUAAAGAAAAGGUAGAGGGCACUCUGCAUACCUUGCUGGAGGACUUUUCAAAAGAACUGAAAACAAAACUAGGGAAACAUGUCUACAAUAUAAGACACCAGCACACUACCCUUCGGAGUUUGAAAGAAAAGCUGUGCGAAGAUGAGGUUGUGCUACACAUUGAUUUUGCUGAGAAUUUUCUCUGCAAAUACGCCGCCGAAAUACAGGCGGUACAUUUCGGAGAUUCACACAAGCAGGCUUCUUUGCACACUGGUGUAGCCUACACCAAAGAUGGCAUUGUGUCAGUGUGCUCAAUCAGCCCCUCUUUCCGGCAUGAUCCCUGUGCAAUUUGGGCGCAUCUAUGGAAAGUUCUCUCCUUCCUAAAAGAGAAGUGCCCUUCAGUUACAGUGCUGCACAUUGUCAGUGACGGGCCAACCACACAGUACCGCUCAAAGAAGAAUUUCUUCUUCUUCACCAACCUGCCAUAUCAGAUGGGCUGGAAGAAACUGACAUGGAAGGGUCUAGUUGGUCAGUGGUGUGCCGUGAAAUAUGAUGGCGAUGCUUAUCCUGGCAUCAUUCAAGAUGUUGAUCGGUAUAGUGGAGCUCUAGUGAAAACCAUGAGCCGUGUAGGUGAAAAUCGGUUCUUUUGGCCUCAAAGAGAUGACAUAGUUUGGUAUGAAACCAUGCAUGUCCUAGGCCUUAUCCCUGAGCCUGUACCCGUCACUAAAAGGCACAAAGAAAUUAUUGUGCCUGUUUGGAAGGAAAUCCGAGGGGCACUUCCUUUCAUCAUGCUGGUUAAAGUUCAGUAUCAAGGUGUAAAGAAAUUUGUGAAAUAUCUCAGCGAUUCAACGUUCCAAGAUUUUCUCAAUGAAGUUAAGGGCAAAUUUGGCUUAGCCAUAACUGCAGCUCUCCAAGUCUUUGAUGACACCGACACCAAUGUGGAAGAGGACAUCUUCCAUGAAUUGAUCGAAGGCAGUCCAAAUUUAUGCCUUACUGUAAGAUCUCCGGAAAAUAUUGCUGGUUUGUUUGAGGAGUUUUCACCUACAAGAACCUCAACCCCCAGCACAUGCACUGACACACUUUCACUCUCUUCAACCGACCAUGACGAGACCCAGAGUGCAGUGGAAAAUCAAACUGCAUUGGGCAGCAUAGACGCUGAAAAGGCAAAACGGACUGUCCAAGAUGCACUGGAAAAAAAAUCAGGUGGUGAGGAAGUGCUUGAAGAAUACCAGACAGCAAAAACUUUAAAGCACAGCACCAGACGUCAGCUUGUUAAUAUUGUUGUCAGUCACAUGACAGAAAUUCAUGGGAGGAUCCCCACCCGCAAACAGCGGGAAACCUAUGCUUUGGGCAUUAUUUCUCUCUUUCCUAGCCUGAAAGACCCAUUUUCAGCAAAGGGCUAUAUAAAUCAGGACUUUGCUCUGCUGUUCAAUGCUGAAACAUCCAACACGUUUCUUAAGAGGUGGGAGACUGCAUUCAAGCAAAAGAUCAUCAAUGAAGCCAAGUCUCUUACUUCAACGGCAGAAAUUCGGUGUCUUCUCAAUGCAGCUGGUGGACAAGGAUCGGAAAAUGAUUGGGACAGUGACAUGUCAUCUGUCCUGCUGCUGUUGCAUCUCCUGCCUCCUCCUCCAGGGAGGAAGAAGACCAAGAUCAGUCCAACAGAGGCUGUUGACAGACUUGUGAAUUUUCAUAAGUCCUGCAACAGUAUUGAAGGCCAUCUCAGUGGGAGGGAGGGCCACCAGCCAUUUCUACUGGGAUCAGGAAGGAUCAAAGGCAGUAUCGACCACUUUUAUGUUGUUGUGGACAAGCGCCUUAUCCCUUGCUCUGGAAGCAGCUCCUUAAGUGCCUUUGAUGAACUUUUCAAAGUUUACUAUGUCUUCAACUUGUCCUACGAGGAAGCACUGGUCAACUUCUUUACCUUCCUGCAGACCACAGUUUACAACAUAGACGUUGGUCUUUCAAGUGAGUCUCCCAGAGUAAGGGAACUGCGUGCAAAGCUUUUAAAUUAGUUUAAAUGUUAAAGUGUUUCCUCUGUAAAAGUUUGCAUGCAAACAGCCACUCAUUGAUAGCUCAUUUAAGAGUCGCACACAGUUUCUAUCCUUCGCUUAAGUUUAAGUUAGUGCUUUUGAUUUGUCAUCAGCUGAACAGUCAUCUCAAAAUGUUUAUAAUGAUCAGCCAGGUUCUUUGUUUGUUGGAGAAAGUGAUCCCCAAGUUGCUCUCACUGAGAAUGACAGCUUUUCCAGGAGAGAGACGGCAGAUAUAUGUGCCUCAAUUGUAGCCAAAUUACAGUGCAGUGGAGUAGACAAUAGCUUAGUAUCAUCAGUUGUUUCAGACCUUGAGGACCUCACUACGGAAAUGCAUACCCAAACUCGUCAAGAUGUGAUUUCUGUCAUUCCUUCUAAUAACCCUGUCAGAUCAGCUGUCGAAGAAAGUUUAGCUCAUUUUGAGAGUCCCUUUUCCAUGUUUAACACCAAAACAAAAAUAACUAAUUAUUUCAAUGACAAAUGGGGUGUUGUGGAACCAGUUGAAAUUGUGCUUGGCAUGAGAUAUGAUAUGAGGAGAAACAAAAAAACUGGAUGUUAUGAUCAGGUCCCAGUAAAAGAUACAUAUGUGUAUGUCCCAAUUUUGGAAACUUUAAAAUGUAUGUGUCGAAAUGUAAAUGUAUGUACUCUGCUGACAGAAUUAACAGGAAGGCAGAAAUCACAUUUUGAGGACUUUUGUGAUGGAAGUUACUUCCAGAGUCAUCCAUUAUUCUCUAAACAUCCCAGUGCUUUACAAAUUCAGGUGUACUACGAUGACUUUGAAACCGCAAACCCUCUUGGUUCAAAACGUGGAGUACACAAGGUUGGUGCUCUUUAUUUUGUGCUCCGAAAUCUACCUCCCAAAUUUAAUUCAAGACUGAUGAAUAUCCAUUUGAUUGCUUUAUUUCAUGCGCAAGAUGUAAAAAAGUAUGGAUUUGACCCCAUCCUGGAACCGUUGAUCCGUGACAUAAAGAUCCUAGAGACAGAUGGAAUUGAACUACCCAUAUCAACGAGUAGAGUUUAUGGCACAAUAUGCCAAGUAAUUGGAGACAACUUGGGGAUGCACUCAAUACUUGGGUUCACAGAAUCAUUUAGUGGACAUUACUCCUGUCGUCUAUGUUUAACUGAAAAGGCUGAUAUCCAGUUGGUUUACAGUGAGGAUGAUGUUAGUUAUUUUGCGUGAUCGUUCAAUUCAUGAACAGCACUGCAGCGAGUUAGAAUCUGACCCUCAACUCAAGUCAACACAUGGCCUCAAAAGAAACUCGACACUCAAUAGUCUCCAGUAUUUUCAUGUGUGCCACAACUACUCUCUAGAUGUGAUGCAUGAUCUCCUAGAAGGAGUUGUACAAUUUGAAAUGAAAC